GUCGUGUGUGGCCAGAUGUAUAGCACAGUCACCAGCUAACUGUAGGACUUCCAGACGUGUAGCUAGUAGCCGUUGGAGUCGAGGUAAUUCCUUGUGAAGAUUCUAUCCAAAGACAGAAUGAUGUCCAACUCAGGGAGACUUCAGGUGGCAGUGAUCGGUGCCGGAGCAGCAGGCCUAUGUGCAGCUAGACACCUUCUGGCACGCCAGGAUGUCUUUUGUCCUCCAGUUUUGUAUGAACUUACUAAACGUGUUGGAGGAACAUGGGUGUAUGAGGAGCGGGUUGGCCGGGAUGAAGAUGAUCUUCCAGUAUAUAGCAGCAUGUACAGGGACCUCAGAACUAACAUUCCCAAGGAAGUAAUGGCAUUCCCAGAUUUCCCAUUUGACAAGCACCUCCCAUCGUUUGUCCACCACACAGAGGUGCGCAAGUAUUUGAACCAGUACUGCGAUCACUUUGGAAUUCGUGAGCACAUUAAGUUUCAUAGGUUGGUUGAGUCUGUGCGCCCAGUCUUUUCAGAGUCAAGACAGGGCGGUCUGACUUGGGAUGUGACCACCUCUGAUGCCACAGGCAAAGGACACAAGACCACUAAUCAGUUUGAUGCAGUAAUGGUGUGCAACGGACACUUCUUUGAUCCUUACAUCCCACCUAUCGCUGGUCUGGAAAACUUCAAGGGAAUGCUAAUGCACAGUCAUGACUACCGUGUUGCAGAGCCCUUUGCUGGAAAGAGUGUAGUAUUACUAGGUGCUGGCUUGUCUGGUAUGGACAUCAUGAUAGAGCUGUCUGAAGUAGCAAGUGAGGUGACCCUGAGUCACAGACAGCGCCCUCUCACCUGCCCACUUCCCAGGGGAGUGCGUCAAGCACAAGGAGUGAAGCUAAUCAAUGAAGAUGGAGAGCUGGUGUUUGAGGAUGGUGACCGGGCAAAGCCAGAUGUCUUCAUGUUGUGCACAGGCUACAAUUUUACCUUCCCCUUUCUGUCAAAGGAGGAGGUGGGGCUGCAAGUGCGAGAACACUGUGUAACCCCACUGUAUAAACAUCUGCUGCAUCCUGCCUUCCCAUCUCUCUUCCUUAUAGGCAUCUGCCGUGCAAUCUGUCCUUUCCCACACUUCCAUUGCCAGAUUCAGUUUGCCCUGUCUGUUUUGGACGGAUCCUUUACUCUGCCUACUCAAAAACAAAUGGAAGAGGAGAUGGAGGUAGAUAUGCAGACUCAACUUCAGAAGGGCACUGCCUUAAGACACAUCCUGAAACUGGACUCUGAGCAGUGGGACUACAAUGAUGAAAUGGCUCGGCUGGGUAAAUUUAAGCCUCUGCCUCCAUUCUGGAAGAACCUCUAUGAGGCUAACAAAGUCUUUCGAGCCCAGGAUCUACUCAACUACAAGAACUAUAUCUAUCAAGUGUUUAGUGACCAUGAGUGGACUGUGAUGCAAAAAGGAGCUGAAUGAGUUGGUGUCUUCUUUCUUUUGUCUGAUUCAAAUUCAAUUACAUUUUCUAUAAAACGAGACGUAAUAAUUUUAGAGAUUUUGAAUUAUAGUGAGGAGGCCUGUUACUUGGGACAGAGAAACACAGCUGGUCUUAAAUGAAUUGUUUAGUUUUUUCUGACCUUUUUAUUAACAGUUCUCAAAAGGAAUUGUCAAAUGUGAAUACAUUGUUCUGAAUACUAAUUACACUCUACACAUCUGAUCCACACCAAUAUCAAAAUGACAUUAAAAAUCAAAUAAAACAAUAUCAUGCACCCAUCAUUCUAUGGUACCCCUUGUUUCCAUAGUCUGACUUGCUUUGCGUAACUCUAGGUUUUCUCCUGAUCUUGCUGUUUAGCCCAUCACUGUACAUCUUAUUCUUUCUCAGUGCCUUCCAAUUUCAUUUAGGAGUAUGCCCUGUGCUUCCUUGACAUCAAGAUUCUCUUUGACUUGCAUAGUCAUUUUGUCACACCUUUUCUAUCUCUAAAAAUAUCACUGUCAUUCUCUAAAUUGACCCUGUAAGUUUGGCAUCUGUCUUCACGUCAAGUUCACUUCUUAUUUAAUAGCUGAUUGACAGUAUUCAGUAUAGUUACUAUUUUUAAAUACAAAACCUUGCCUAUCUUAUUUUUGACAUUAUCAUCAUUCUGACUUAUUUCAGUAACUAUCACGUUUUCUCGGCUAGCCUCCAUAAUUGCUGCAAUUACACUACAGAAUUAUCAUUAUGCUUCAGAGAUUAUGAUUUCAAUGGAAAUUAUAUUUUUUUCUUGGGGCAAAACUGUCAUCAAGCUUCACUAUUUCAAGGAAGCAUCUGCUGUUUGGUCCAUUCUGAUCCUGCCUCAUUCUCGUAUGUUACCUUUUUCUGACAUAUCACUCUCCCCAGUGUCACCUAAUCAAUUCAGCUAGCUGACCAAACCAGUCAACCACAUUAUGCCUUCACACUUAGAUUUUGUAGAUAGAUAGAUAGAUAGAUAGAUAGAUAGAUAGAUAGAUAGAUAGAUAGAUAGAUAGAUAGAUAGAUAGAUAGAUAGAUAGAGUUUUUAGUCUUUAACAAAUUCAGCCUUUUUGCUGCACAUUUAUGUGAAGGCUCUCACAUUCAAUAUGUUUACAAAUGCCAUGACAACCAUUUGAAGAUUCCCCAGCCUGGGUUUCUCCUUAAUGAUUAUUUUCAUUUACCUCCAGUAAAUGCUAGUACAUUUGACCAGUUUCUCAUAUCUGAGUUAGCUAGUGUAACCAGCAAAAAUAUUUUUACAUGAAAAAAUGUGUAUAUUACUAGAAAAAAGUGUUUCAUGUUGAAAAUACUAAACAGAAUGGGAUAUGUAAGGAUCAAAUAAUAACGUGAACAAAUCAAAAAUCCUGUCAAAGAGUACUUUGUUGGAACCCUGAAAAUCUAAGCAAAAGUUUUUUUAGAAAUUCUUUUUGCUGUAAGUCUUUGUUUUAUUUUUAGUUACAUAGUGAAACCGUGGGAUUAAAGUAGGCUGUAUCUGGUACAUUAUUUAAUUGAUACGUGGGCAGUGAAACACUGCAACAAGAAAACGUCCUUGGAAGUGAAACACAAUAUGUAACAAAGCAUGACAUCAUGAAGAGAGACAAAAGUAUUGACACAAUAAAUGAAACUAACCCUCAAAAUUAACAAAAUAGACCGAAAUGAAUUACAGCACAUUUAAUUUGCAGAGGAUUCUGUCCGCUAAUUCUGUGAGUUGCCCUUUCUGUCUACUUUUUUGAUACUUAUAGGUUAGCCUGUUUAACAUUGACAAAAGUAACUACAACAAUAAAAAAUUCUCCAUUAUAAAUCUCGAUUUAUGGCAUUUCUUUUCAAAGUAUUAACAACCUUAUUCCAACCAAGUUUACCUAUCCUACCCGUAUUCCUCCCACAUCCCCAAAGAGACUCAGGUUACAUUAACUGGUGAUUCUGAGCUGGCCCUAGUAUGGAUGGGGGAGCGUGUGAAUGGGAAUUUCACUAAACUGGCACUCUGUCCAGGGCUGUUUCCUGCUUUUGAUCCAAAGCAGACAGGAUAAGCUCUGGCAUCCCAUGACACUAAAUUGAAUUAAAGAAGUCUGGCAAUGUUAUAUUAUUCCAGAUGAGAAACUAUGUGGUCUGUGUGGUUCUGUGUGAAUUACUAUGUCAUCAGAUACAAACACUUAGUUUCACAAUAGUUAAAAAAAUGCAACAUGAUUAAUUUUGUCUUCUGUGUGAUAGAUGAUUUAUUUUACUUUUCAGUUUGCCUUAGUAACUUUUCUGGAUAUUCUUUGAGGAUAUUGUUGAAUUUUACACAAUGCCUAUGGAUUUUUAAACAUAUUGUUCACUUACUUCAUAGCUUUAUGGAUGUUUGCCUAGCACCAAUCCCUUUCAGGUCAGCUUUGAUUAUUUUGGUUAUAUUGUCUGUAUUUUAAUCUUUUCAUGUCCAUUAUAAAAACACACUCACCCAAUUGAACUUACUCCAGCAGCUACCAAAACAAUAUUUUUAAGCAAGAAUCAUUUGCAAAUUUAAGUCUGAAGUCUCCAUGAGGCGUCUUGAUUUUAGAUAUUAAAGAGGCUCGGCUUUAUGACAAUGACAACUGAAUUUUGGAAUUAAAUAUAGAUGAAUGUUUCAAAACUACUGCACUACUAUCUGGUUCCUU